UAAGACGCAGACGAUAAUUAAAUAAAAGUUUAAAAUAUCGCUGACGUUUCCAAUUAACUGUCGCCUCCGUAUUAACUUGCGUUCUGCGUCUUAUAAACAAAAAGUUAUAAUUAUUGUUACAGUAAAUAAGGGAAAUGUAUAAAGUACAUCAUUUAAUUCUUUUCAGAACUUAUUGUUUAAAAAAACACUUAAUGUUUAUUCGUUUCGUAAUGCAUGUUUGCGUUUGAAAUUAAACUCGCGCCUAUAUUCGUAAUUAUCGGCUCCGUUCAAACGAAACAAAUGAAAGAGGAGACAAUGAGGUGCAGGUACAUACACUCGAAAGGAACGCACCGCGGAUUCGACGGAUUAUCAAAAAUCAAUUUGAAUCUCGACUCGCGUCUUAUCUCGCAAUUACUUAUUCGAAUCACAAGAUACAAGUGCGGGACGCGGUUCGAUUCGACACGGGGCACGCUUUGCGUAUCUGUCCACGCGAUCGCCUAAUGAUCGCCGAUAAUUCACUUCAUUAGGUCAAUUCAUGCGGUUUGCCGCUUCGACUUCGAACGCGCCAGUCGACGCGCGUUCCGAGUUUCGGAUCCGACGAAUCCGAGGCGCGUUUCGUAACCAGUCCCCGAGCGCGGCACACGCAUCCUUGGCUCCGUUGACGCGGCCCGCGUUUUAGUACAGGACGAGGACUUUUCCCGGACGUUUCCCCGAAGCCGUGGCCCUCCACCGAGAGAGGAGAGGAGAGAUCUCCGCCCGCAGGACAAAGUGUGCCGUCGCCGCGAGGAGAACAUUUCCGUUCGAUCCGCUUCCCCCGCCAAACCCCGCCAACGAUCCAACAUGCUCACGACCGUCGUGAGGACCGUCGCCCGCCGCUCGUUCUCCACGUCGAGAUGGGCAGCGGCACAGCAGAUGACCGUGCGAGACGCCCUGAACUCGGCCCUGGAUGAGGAGAUGGAGAGAGACGAGAAGGUGUUUCUGCUCGGCGAGGAGGUGGCCCUCUACGACGGUGCGUACAAGGUCUCUCGGGGCCUCUGGAAGAAGUACGGGGACAAGCGCGUCAUCGACACGCCGAUCACGGAGGCCGGUUUCACCGGUAUCGCGGUCGGAGCGGCUAUGGCUGGGCUGCGACCGGUCUGUGAAUUCAUGACGUACAACUUUUCGAUGCAAGCGAUCGAUCACAUUAUCAACUCCGCCGCGAAGACGUACUACAUGUCCGCGGGCAGGAUCAACGUGCCAAUUGUGUUCCGCGGUCCCAACGGCGCCGCUGCAGGCGUAGGAGCGCAGCACUCGCAGUGCUUCGGCGCCUGGUACAGCCACUGUCCUGGUUUGAAGGUGGUGUCGCCCUACAACAGCGAAGACGCCAAGGGUCUGUUGAAGGCGGCCAUUCGGGAUCCUGAUCCUGUGGUGGUGCUCGAGAAUGAGAUAUUGUACGGCGUGCAGUACCCCAUGUCAGACGAGGCCCUGUCCAAGGACUUUGUUUUACCUAUUGGCAAAGCUAAGGUGGAGCGGGCGGGCAAUCACGUGACUUUGGUGGCACAUUCCAAGGCGGUCGAGGAAUGCCUCGAGGCGGCCAACCAGCUCGCUGGGAAAGGAAUCGAGGCUGAGGUGAUUAAUCUACGUUCACUCAGGCCACUAGAUAUGGACACCAUCAUAGCGUCUGUGGUGAAGACGAAACACCUGGUGACGGUCGAGCAGGGUUGGCCGCAGUGCGGUAUCGGUGCGGAGAUUAGCGCGAGAAUCGUCGAGAGUGAAGCCUUUUAUCAUCUUGACGCACCUGUGAUCCGUGUCACAGGAGUUGACACGCCUAUGCCAUACGCAAAAUCACUAGAAAUCGCGGCCUUGCCACAGGUCAGAGACAUAGUGAACACCGUUAACAAAAUGCUAGAAGUCACGCAGUAGUCAAUAGUACGCGCAUAUCUAGGCGAAAUUACUAAAUUUCUACGAUUUUUCUGGCGAGCCAGUUUUCCUAUCCCCAUCCACCGCAUCUCUACCUGGUACACCAUACCUCUCGUCCGAAUAUCAAUGAAUAAUAGUAGAAUAAUUACAGAGGAAUAACGCGUGACAGUAAGUACAAAAUUUCCGUUCAAUACAGAUAAUAAACAUUUGCUUAUAAGUUUCAUGUGUAAAAACUUACAAAAAAGCACGUUUGAAGAUGGAAAGACGUUUGUACAUUGAUUAUAAUGUAUAAAUGACAUUUAAGUAAAUUUGCUUCUCAAGGUCUGAUUUCUAUAAUAUAUGGUUAAUUAAAAAGUAAACUAUAACAAAAAUUAAUUAAUACUUUUAUAAGCUUAAAUGGUUAAAUAAAGUAAGGUUAACUAAAUCAGAGGUUACACAUGUAGAUAUACUGUUAAUUUAUUUAGUCGUAAGCUUCUAAGAAAGAGCAUGUAUUAAUUAAUUUUCAAGUUAAUUUAUACUACAGCCAACUUAACUUUCUGGUUACUAUAUAUUAUAAAAAACGGGCCAUAAACUAGCGCGCAAAAUGUGCGAUGUGUAUUCUGUACAUUAAUAUAUAUAUAUACAUAUAUAUGUAUACAUGAUAUUAAUAAUGUUAUUAGAUAACGCAAUAAAUGUAAAUAUAUUUUUUAGUAGCUAACGAUAUUUUAUUUAAAAAAAUAAUUGUUAUAAUUGCCAACGAAUGCAAAUUGAAAAAUUCUAAUUUCAUUAAUAUUCAUAUUGAAUUUAAAUGAAUUGAAAUCAAUUUCUAGUUUAAAUAGUUACGAAGUAGUGAACACAUCAAAUUACUGCCGUAUCUAUACAAACUGCCUUUCACAUUGUAGAAUUUCACAUCGCGCACUCAAUUGAAAAUCUCAACGACUUAUAAGAAAAUGUUGAUAGUGCGUUAUGCGUUGUCGCAUAUAUGUAUACUGCACAAUUAUGGGCAGCAUACAAGAUGCUGCAUACGUCUACUAUUUAUUACAGAAAAUUAAUAAAUAAUGUACAAAUUA